CGGCCAAUAGCAAGCGGCGGGAGCCGGCUGCUGUCUUCGCAGUUUCGUGCAGGUCUCUGGAGGUGAAGGGCCAGGCGCAGGCUCCGGGGCUUCAGUUCUGCGGCCUCGCGUUGGGGCGCACGGUUUUGAAUAAUAAAGCUGUUUGAAGAAAGUUGAAUAAUGACUGCAAAUGAAAGUGCCAGUGUCUUUGGCUCAAUGUCCUUGGCAGUGGAGUAUUUAGAUUCCUUAUUACCUGACAAUCCUCUGCAGGCACCGUUUAAAAAUGCUUGGAUUUACAUGCUGAAUAAUUACACAAAGUUUCAGAUCGCAACAUGGGGAUCACUCAUAGUUCAUGAAGCACUCUAUUUCUUGUUUUGUUUGCCAGGAUUUUUGUUUCAGUUUAUACCUUAUAUGCAAAAAUAUAAAAUUCAAAAGGAAAAACCAGAAACUUGGGAAGGCCAAUGGAAAUGUCUCAGACUACUUUUAUUCAGUCACUUUUGCAUUCAGCUACCUUUGAUUUGUGGUACCUGGUACUUUACAGAGUAUUUUGAUAUUCCUUAUGAUUGGGACAGUAUGCCAAGAUGGCACAUGCUGUUGGCUAGAUGUUUUGGUUGUGCAGUGAUUGAAGAUACCUGGCACUAUUUUCUUCAUAGACUUUUACAUCAUAAAAAAAUAUAUAAAUACAUCCAUAAAGUUCAUCAUGAAUUUCAGGCCCCUUUUGGAAUGGAAGCUGAGUAUGCUCAUCCUCUGGAAACCCUCAUUCUUGGAACAGGGUUUUUUAUUGGAAUUUUGAUCUUUUGUGACCAUGUAGUACUACUUUGGGCAUGGGUCACAGUUCGCUUGAUAGAAACCAUUGAUGUGCAUAGUGGUUAUGAUAUUCCUCUCAACCCUUUGAAAUUCAUACCAUUUUACACUGGGGCACGGCAUCAUGAUUUCCACCACAUGAACUUCGUUGGAAACUAUGCUUCAACAUUUACAUGGUGGGAUAGACUCUUUGGUACAGACUCUCAAUAUGUUGCCUACACUGAAAAGAUGAAGAAAUUGGAACAGCUGGAUAAAAAGACCAAAUAAACAUCUGUAAACUUUCUGGAAGAUAAAUACAUAAGAGAACGGUAGCUAAAAUUGCUUCAAGGGGGCCAAAAUAAGCAUGUAUCCUGUCUACUAAGUGAUAAGAACCUUAACAGCCUUCUGUUAUCACUCUAGUGAGAACUUUUUUUUCUAUUUUACAUACAACCUCUGUGUGUAUAGAAAUAAUGUAUAUACAUAAUAUAUAUUUAAUUACAGAUUUAAUGAGGAAAUUUAAAAGGCCGUCUUACAAAAAAGCAAAAAGCCUUAAAAGUAUUAUAUAAAUUUUUCAAACAACUUUUUGAAAUUGUUAAGACCAUGGAUCCUGAAGGAAGAUGAAAUUGAACAUUAAUCUUUUUGAAAUAGAACGCUCUUUCCCUGUAGGAAACACAAGCUUGUGGUCAUGACCUUUCUUCUUUUGAAAGUUGAGCAUAUUUUUUUACAGUCUACCUAAAGAUCAAAAUAUCAAGAGUUGGUGCAAAAUUAGAUUUUACACUGAAUAAAUCAAGCUUCUAAUUCAAGGAAGUCUUGGCUGCAUAUGCAGUUCACCAGUAGCCUUGCAUUGCCAUUGAGAACAGGAUGUAUGGGAAGGGCUGAACUUUGAUGGUGGUUUCAUUCAGAAAAUUUUGCUUCUCCUUUCAAAGGAUUCCUGUUUAGUUGCAAUGUGCUGCUGGUAUAAUUAAGCUUAAACAGUCCUGGAUUGACCUGAGUAGCGGAUUUUAGGCUAGAGGUUUUUGCAAUGUACUUGCUGUUUUUUAAUUCAGGAGCCUUUCUUGCUACUCCAAUGGUUUUUUUCCUUAUGUCUAGCAUUUACAUGAUUUUGAUCUGUGUGCUGUAACAGUGAACUGACUUGCUGCUGUUUGCACUUGUGAGUAUUGGAAUAAAGAUGUUUUUGAUUUGUGAUCA